UAUCGCUCGCCACUACAAAUUGUCGCAGGCAAUUAACCCGUUACUACUGUGAUUUCACUGCAUAUGAUAGUGCGCUGCUUUAUUAUUUUUUCAACUGUACCAACCUGACAUUAUUUAUUGUCGCCAUUUUUGCUGAAAAGAAUAAUUCAAUUCAGAAAACUCGCAUCAAGAUGAUUGCCUUACUGACGCUCUUCUUCUAUAUGACAAGUCUGACAAUGUGUUACCAAAGGCUGUCUGUAAACAACAACAAUCACAAUAACUUGGAUGCAAAACCAACACAUAUGCCACCGUUACACUAUCCACAUGGCCACAGACGGAAUGAACCAUACUUUGACAUGACAAUGCCAAAGAAUAUUACAUCGCUCGUGGGCAAAUCUGCAUAUUUGGGAUGUCGUGUCAAACAUUUGGGAAAUAAAACGGUGGCCUGGAUACGUCAUCGGGACCUGCACAUCCUUACAGUUGGCACGUAUACGUACACUACAGAUCAACGGUUUCAAACAUCAUAUCAUCGGGACAUUGAUGAAUGGACUUUGCAAAUAAAAUGGGCACAGCAGCGUGAUGCCGGAAUUUACGAGUGCCAAAUAUCGACCCAACCAGUGCGAAGUUUUUCGGUGAAUUUAAACAUUGUUGACACCAUCGACGAUGAAACGAGCAGUUUUCUACAACAAUACUACAAUGACGAUGCAUUUUAUAUAAGCUCAGACCGUAUUUACCAGUCUGGUGAUGAUGAGUUUGCUGGAAUGUUUGGGCAUAUACAAACCGUAGCGGUACCAACGGCCAGCAUAUUGGGUGGACCUGAUUUGUAUGUGGACAGAGGAAGUACAAUUAAUCUGACAUGUGUAAUAAAAUUCAGCCCUGAACCACCGACACACAUUUUUUGGUAUCAUCAAGAUAAGGUACUUUCAGAGGAAACUUCGGGUGGUCGUUUGAAAUUCAAAAUGAUUAAAUCCGAAGAAACCAAAUCAAUAUUACUCAUCAGCGAUGCUGAUCUACUUGAUUCGGGCAAAUAUUCCUGCUACCCAUCGAACACAGAAAUAGCGAGUAUACGCGUUCACGUGCUACAAGGUGAGCGACCAGAAGCGAUGCAAACGAAUUCUGCACCCACAUCGCGACACAGCGCUGCCGCCCAGCCAACCAAACUAAUCAGCGCGAUAGUCGGUGCAUUCGUUUUAUUACAAAUAUUAACAUUUUGUUGCAACAAUACAGGCAACGUAAGCGAACAUAAGAUUUACGAGCAAAGUAAAAACAUCCUCCAUGGGAUGCCAGCUUGCAACAACCAAAGCAAUUGUAAAAUAUACCCACCCAGCAGCACGCAACCACAGCCGCAGUUACAGCGACAACCACAGCAACAGCCACAGCAGCAUGUGCAACAGCCAUAUCAAACGUUCGGUCAUAGAGUUGCCACAUUGCUUGCCAUGGCCUUGUCGCACUGCACCAAUGACACCACUGUUGACAGUAUACUUGCGCUCUCAAGCGAACACCGAAUACAAGAUGAUACAGCCGAGGAUGUUACUCAACAGCAUCACCACCAACAGUUCCACCAGCGUCAGCAGCCAUUGCUGACUCAACAAACUGUUUUGUACUGUGAUGUUGCUCUCAAAGCAUGGUCGACUGCGCGGUGAUAAACUAGUUAAUCAGCAAUAGGGCGAACGCGGUUACAACCUAGUAAUGUUGGAGUAAGGACGGUUGAACGGCUACACACAUACAUAGUUGAACAAACGGCAGCGGAGGUGAUUGCAGUUGUGCGCGAUUUGCCUGUGACUCGCCCGGUUGUAAUGCUGAAUGUAUGGGCAAAGGCCCAUCUCCAAGUACAGUGCAUAGUUCAAGUGGCGAAAUUUAUAAAACUUGGCGCGGCUAAUUACAAAGUAUACGCGUACAUUUUUAUAUACAUAUGUAUGUAAAUACAUAUGAACAGGUGUGUGUAUGUACAUACUUACCUAAGUUAGUUAUGCAUAAGCAAAGUAAUGAUAAAUCAAAUACAGACUGGGAUGCCAGUGAAUAAAUUUAACCGGAUGGUUAGUGUGUAAAGCGAAUACUUGAUUAGAUAAAUUAAAAGUUAUACUUAACACGUAUGUAAUAAGAAAUUUAAAUAUUUUAAAUAAGAUGUAAUACUCGUUAUGCAUAA